CGCGACUUCAGUCUGUCCUUGAAGCUCACUCAAGAUGUUUCUCUGCCAUUCGAAGAGCAGAAUUAUGCUACGGAUCGAGCUCUUUUGCGAUUCCCGUCUCAUGAAAGUUCAGUGCAGACAACAACUUCUGCCAUCGUAAAUAACGAAUCUUUCUCUGUCUGCCAACUCAUUCGUUCAUUGGACACCUUCGCCGAGGAGUUCUGCCAAUGGCAGGGGAUCGAAGCGGUUUUGUCGGGGCAGAGAAGAUGUAGUUGUCGGCAUUUAGGAUUGUCUUGUUCCCAUCCGAAUGUCUCGCCUCACGCUACAAGACCUUCUGAAUCCAACGCCUUCCACCCCGAGUCCAUCCAAUCAACGGCAGAAUUUACAAGUUGUCGAUUCUACUAAUUCCAGCCCUACAAGUUCGAGUCCAGACAUUCCUGCACACUUGGACAACUCGGACAGGCAACUCACACAUGAAAACUUACGGUUAAACAGGAAGACUACACUUUCCAAAGUGUACCGUCAUCGCCUCGCCGCAAUCGUAGAAUAUCCAGAGACUGGCUCCACUGCUGAUCACGCGGUCGGACAUGUGUUCGAGCUGGACCCCAUGUGCUGGUAUAAUCCAGCGAAUGACUUCGCCUACUCUCGGGGUGACCCUCGUGGGAUUGAUAGGAAUCCAAGUACGGUACCCUUAUUGGUUAGCUCUCAAACAGGACAGCCUGUGCCUUGUACGGUACGACAUUCAACUUGUCAAGGGGUCAAAGUAUGCCCGUACUAUCCAAAGGAGUCCAUAGAAUUAGCAACCCAUUCAGCUGCUUCAAAAGACAGAUUGCAAGAAAGCCUCCAGCGAGAGCGCUUGCAGCGUCUCGCGUCGUCUUCACCUUCGAAGAACACCUUUACUCGUACCUCUGCCUAUCUGGCGGCUCUUGUCAGAAGUGGAUGUCGGUCUAUCGCUCAUGAGCCGACUCAAUUCAACGCAAUGGAAGAAAUGGUUCGGGUGAGCAGGCUUGAGCGUCAACUAUUGGUUCAGAGAGGGCGUGUAACUACGGAAGGUCAAUGUGAUGGCCGACUUGAGUUCACAUAUCUAUUUGAUGGUACCCCAGUUGUAAAGUGCGAACAUCAUUCGGUUUAUAACCGGGAUCACUUCUUCGAUGCGACUAUUGCUAGUAGCUCCCUCAACUUGGAGUAUUUAGAGGCAGUUUUAUGCGAGGACGAGGAUGAAAUUGAGAGAAUUGAGUUGGAUGUCGAAGCUCUCGGAUACGGGCCCAGGAGCGAAUGUUAUUACAUGACAAAUGCAUCAUGUCAAAGAGUUUACUGUCCUCAAAGCCAUCGAUCAUUGGAAAACGGUCAUCUCGAGCAGCCUCUCAUGAAAGACAUUGAAUGUACCGUCACUUUCAGGGAAUAUGAACCUUUGGAAGAAUACCGAACUGAUUGUCCUUUCCAACUGGUUGUCAGCCGAGGAUCUCAUACUCACCCUAUUCCCCGACUCAACAAGACCCCCACCUUAGUCCGUUAUGAAUUGAUUGAGCUCCUCCGCAAACUAGAUGCAGAUCUACCGGACCUAACACCCCGAAGUUUCCUUCGACAUCCAACUAUAAUUGCUUACCUCCAGGACCGAUUCCCAUUACUCCGUUCACCAACAAUCUCCGACCUCCACAUCUCUCUUUCAAACCGAAGUCAUCUUAAGGUUUACAUUGAUGCUAUAAAAAAGGAGAGAUUUCCCGAGGGUACCGGAUGGAAAGGCCUGCUUCAUCUCAAAAAGCAGCAAGACUUGCUUUUAGAUCCAAGUGAACACUAUAUACGUAUCGUUAGAGAAAUCCCAUUUGAGACCCACAACGACGAUGUAGAGGAGGUUUCAGAGGCUGCCGAACUUGGUCAAACUGAAAAUACCUUGAAAAUCGUGGUCUGCAUAACUACAAAUGGAAGCCGGAGGCUAGCCUCUGCCUCCGACAUUCAGAGUGAUAUAGCGUUCCAGCGGGUACUCUCAUUCUACGAAUUUGAGUUGGCUGCUCUUGAACGUGACACAAACACCACCGUAACGUUUUGUCGAAUCUACCUGACACGAAAAAAUGCCCGCGCCCAUUGCAUUGCGUUAGCGGCGAUUGACGAGAUAUUGGAAAAAGAUAUUGGCCGUAGCCUUCAAUUCAGACAUAUUCAUGGCACGCACGUCAAUGAUUAUGGGAAGGGUCAGUUUAUUCUGAAUUGGGUGGUUGAUCAGGAUCGUGGGCAAGCUUUAGGCAUUGGCCUUCGGUUGCAGGAAAUCUCUCAGCAGCAUCCAGGAAAGUAUGAUUUACAUGAGCCUGCAAAACGGCUGAUUGAUCUAGGACCAUAUGACCAUCUCGCUCGUUUUCUUUCACUUUGUACCGUUCAUUGGGGCCGGAAUAUCCGAGCCGCACGUGUGUCAGAGGAGGUUCGAAAUUUAAUGCGAAGCUUGGUUUGUAUUAAUCAUUCUGACUGGGACGGAACUCUUCAAGCCAUCCGAAACCUGGGCGGGAAAGCUGGGGCAGAUUGGCUUGCAGACAAAGAAUCUUUGCCGUUUGUUUUUCCUGCCAUCUGUUGGGAGAAGAGUUAUAUUCCCUACGAUAUAUGGGUCUCUCGUGCACAUUCUACCAAUACGGCGGAGGCGGCACAUCGAGACAUCAAUCGUGAAGGGGUUCAAUGCACCCUCGUCGGUGCUACAAAAAAGGCCAUGCAAUUUGAUCACCUCAAGUUGAUUUCUCUCCAGGCAUUCGAGGAAAGUGGCAUUAAUGAGACAUAUAAUUCUAAGCAUUGCUUUGAGAAUGCUCUGAAAGGUGUCAAGAAACGAAGUCAUGCUCGAAUCAAAGGCCUCAAGAAUGACGACACAAAAAUUCAUGCUCAUAACCGAAAACUACAAGAAUGUUCUCAAAAAUUACAUGCUGCCGAAACUAAUACUAAAGAAGCACAUGCAGCCCUCAGUACAAUUCACACCCAAACACAGCCGACACUUUAUGCAAAGGCAUACCAAAAGUGGGAGAAAUCUCGGAGUGUGGAGGAGAAAUUACGGCGGAUUUUUGAUAAACAGGUAGAGGUGGGGAAGGGUCUAAUCAAGAGGGGAACUGGGAAAGUGAACAUUUUGCUACCCGAAAUCAGUAAAUAA